ACCACAGAAGCAGCAACGACAACCACAGCUGCACCAACAACAACCACAGAAGCAGCAACGACAACCACAGCUGCUCCAACAACAACCACAGAAGCAGCAACGACAACCACAGCUGCCACAACAACAUCCACAGCUGAAUCAACGACAACCACUGUUGCACCAACAACCUCAGAAGCAGCAACGACAACCACAGCUGCCCCAACAACCACCACAGAAGCAGCAACGACAACCACAGCUGCCCCAACAACCACCACAGAAGCAGCAACGACAACCACAGCUGCCCCAACAACCACCACAGAAGCAGCAACGACAACCACAGCUGCAGCAACCACAACCACAGCUGCCCCAACAACAACCACAGAAGCAACAACGACAUCCACAGCUGCCCCAACAACAACCACAGAAGCAGCAACGACAACCACAGCUGCCCCAACAACAACCACAGAUGCAGCAACGACAACUACAGCUGCAGCAACGACAACCACAGCUGCCCCAACAACAACCACAGAAGCAACAACGACAUCCACAGCUGCCCCAACAACAACCACAGAAGCAGCAACGACAACCACAGCUGCCCCAACAACAACCACAGAUGCAGCAACGACAACUACAGCUGCAGCAACGACAACCACAGCUGUUCCAACAACAACCACAGAAGCAGCACCUACAACCACAGCUGAAGCAACCACAACCACAGCUGCCCCACCAACAACCACAGAAGCAGCAACGACAACCACAGCUGCUCCAACAACAACCACAGAAGCAGCAACGACAACCACAGCUGCCACAUCAACAUCCACAGCUGAAUCAACGACAACCACUGUUGCACCAACAACCACAGAAGCAGCAACGACAACCACAGCUGCCACAACAACAUCCACAGCUGAAUCAACGACAACCACUGUUGCACCAACAACCUCAGAAGCAGCAACGACAACCACAGCUGUCCCAACAACCACCACAGAAGCAGCAACGACAACCACAGCUGCUCCAACAACAACCACAGAAGCAGCAACUACAACCACAGCUGCAGCAACCACAACCACAGCUGCCCCAACAACAACCACAGAAGCAACAACGACAUCCACAGCUGCCCCAACAACAACCACAGAAGCAGCAACGACAACCACAGCUGCCCCAACAACAACCACAGAUGCAGCAACGACAACUACAGCUGCAGCAACGACAACCACAGCUGCUCCAACAACAACCACAGAAGCAGCACCUACAACCACAGCUGAAGCAACCACAACCACAGCUGCCCCACCAACAACCACAGAAGCAGCAACGACAACCACAGCUGCCCCAACAACAACCACAGAAGCAACGACAACCACAUCAACAGCAACGACAACAACAGCUGCCCCAACAACAACCACAGAAACAUGUUCUGCGAUAUACAAAAAAGAAUUUGGAAACAAGUUUGACCACUGCAAAGUGAAAAAGUUCAGAAGGUCCAGUUCCAGCUACAACCACAGCACCUACAACUGCGGCACCUACGACUGCAACAGCUACAUCUACCUCACUAACAACUGGCAUAUCUACUACUGCUUCACCUCCAACAGCAGCACCUAUCACUGCUGCACCUACAACUGCAGCACCUACAACAGCAAGGGUCUUGAACCUGUUUUCCAUAGGACAUUCCCUUCCUCCUUCAAGUCCUUGGAAGUGGUUUCAUUCAGGAGUGGAUCAGUCAUCAACACCAUUGACCUUAACUUUGUAAGCCCAUUUGCUCCUAAUAACACUCAGAUUGCAAACACUUUGAUCAACGCAGCUUCAAGCGUCAGUGGCUUCGACAUUGAAGGCAGCUCCAUCAACGUGAAUGGCAUCUGUAAGCAAUAUUGA